AUAGAGAGAGAGAGAGAGAGAGAGAGGGAGAGGGGAGGGGGGUGUUCCAAUUAGAAGAGGAGGAGGAGGAGGAGGAGGAUGUCAAUGAGAAUAAAGGCGGUGGUGGACAAGUUCGUGCAGGAGCUGAAAGAAGCGUUGGAUGCAGAUAUACAGGACAGAAAUAUGAAAGAAAGAGAGAUGCAGAGUUACAUCCAAGAACGUGAACGCGAAGUCGCCGAGCGUGAAGCUGCUUGGAAGGCUGAGCUCUCUCGCCGCGAGGCAGAGAUUGCUCGCCAGGAAGCAAGGCUGAAGAUGGAGAAAGAAAAUCUCGAGAAAGAGAAAAGUGUUCUCAUGGGAACCGCCUCUAACCAGGAUAAUCAAGAUGGAGCUCUGGAAAUCACUGUUAGUGGCGAGAAGUAUCGAUGCCUCAGAUUCUCGAAGGCAAAGAAAUGAGGGGCUUUAUAUAAGAAAAUAUGUGAACAAGGGCCUCGCCUUCAUCAAUUCCUCCUCAUAUUGCUAGCUUAGCUACCUUAUGAGAAAAAAGAAAGAAAGCAGAGGACCCAUCAUAGAUCGUGACUCUAAUAUGCAGUAUUCUUUCCUUGCUCGCUGGCUAUCUGAGGAAUGAAUUUGGUUCUUUUCAAAUCCAUUAAUUAUGUAUAUCUGUACUACUUGUAGUGACAAUGCUUCAUCUAGGCAUGUGAUUUAAUUCAAUAUUCAAAGGUAGUAUGUGAUUGAUUG